AACUUUUGUUUUCUUCAGAGUUUAAUGAAGUUGGCCUGGUCACUCAAGAAGGGAUUAUUUGAGAAUUUAGUGUCACUGAGCUGUGACUGCUGACGAGGGAACUUAAGUGUUUGGGUCACCGUGUGAACAGGAUGGUCUCAAUUCAGAGCUGCACCAGGAAGAAUAUGGCUGGCUCUCCUCCUGCUUUAUCAGGCUUCGGGAGCUCUGGGAAGAGUUUUCUUAUUGACAAUCUGCUGCAGUCACAGACACCUUCAGCCCGUCCAGCAGGGAUGGCAGGUGGUCACCUGAGACUUGCAGUGUGUGAACAUCCGAGGAGAAUCUGGGGCUCUGAGCAUGGAGCCUACCAAAGACAGGCCCACAGUCCCCAGCAGAGGAAAGAUUUAGGAGGGCCGCUUCUGCCACACUCGGGUGUACUGAGUGGUGUUUUCCUCCGAAGCCCGCAUUAUCUACUGGCAUGCUGCGGUGGGUCCAGCCCCCCUCCUGUCUUCAACAAGGGAGCAAAUAUUCGAAUGUGGUCUACUGAUAUAAGUCCUAAAACCCGUAGAGGGAUCCUUAGGAGGGCUGUUUUCUCUGAAGAACAACGGAAGGAGCUGGAGAGAACUUUUGGAAAACAGAAAUACAUCAGCAAGACAGACCGGAAUAAACUUGCAGCGGAUCUCAGUCUCAAGGAGUCACAGGUAAAGAUUUGGUUCCAGAACCGUCGAAUGAAGUGGAGGAACUGUAAGGAAAAGGAGGUUCAUAACACUCGCUCCCCAAUGGAUGAGCUCAUGGCACGAGGUCUCGCUCAGGAAGAGGAAGAACCAUCACAGAAUCACUCUGUCCAAAAAACAGAGAGAUCACCACCACAAAGGGGUGUCAGGGACACAUGAUUGGCUGGAAUAAGUGGAAAGUAAACCAAUGACUUUCUCAAAUCCACAAAACCUGUAAUAAGGCUACAGAACUGGGAGGAUGUUAAAAAUAUAUGAAUGGAUUUCACUGUCUUUGAAGACUAACACCAAUAAUAUUAACUUUCCAAUGCAUGUAACUGUCUUGUUGUAUCAAAUUGCAUUAGGUUUAACUGCUGGGUCAAUUAUCUCAUUGCAUUUCACUGGCUUUAGUAAGCAAUGCAUUGGUCAUUACACUGACAAGUCUUUCCAGGAAAUAUUCCCAUUCUUCGAUUGCCAGUGCAAUCGGUUACAUGCACAAAUGAUUCACUUGAUUUAAUAAAUUUACAUAUCAUAUUUUGGUCAGCUUUACAGUAAUACUCAACUCCUAAUCCAAAUGUUAAGUCAAAUUUCACUUGAUAUA